GGUGGCUGGGAACUACUUGGAAAACGUUUUUGUGCUUUAGGCAGAGAGCUCUCCUCCCCUCCGAUGACAAAAAUGCCCAAACGCUAACCAGUUGUGAGUAUGAAUGUUGAAACAAACAUGGGAGGAGAGCUGGGGGGCAGUAAAAAGUAGAAGGUAAAACCAUUUUGGCCGUUUGGCACCCAAAUAAGUGAGGAAACCAAUCCAAGCCCGCGCAUCACCCUUCGAUCACCAUCCAACGGUCCUUAGAGCCUCCAACACGUCAUCACCAUGUCAGAUCAGCCAAAAAAAAAAAAAAAGGUAAAAGAAAAAACCCACAUUACAGUCCAGACAGUCUAGCCUGUCUCGGCGCGGAGAUUUAACACUACUAGAGUCGCGGUUGUUGAACUUCCGACAUCCCACUCCCUGAGCUUCCCCUCCCCGCCGGCGAAAAUGAUGCCGCCGGAGCUCCAACCUCGCCCUUAUCGCACCUUCAUUUCCUCCUCCGCCAGCGCCCCCACUUUCUCCCCCUCCUUCAACGGUGGACUCUCCCCCGACUCAAACCCUAACCCUAAUUUCACCGCCAGUCCCACCACCGGCAGCUCCAGCUCCUCUCGAUCUCUCAAGAACUCUCGCUUCUCCCCUUCUUCAUUUGCGCACAACACCAGACUCGCCGUCGCUCUCGUUCCCUGUGCCGCCUUCCUCCUUGACCUUGGUGGCGCCCCGGUCGCCGCGAUCCUAACCCUCGGUAUCAUGAUCGCCUACAUCCUCGAUUCUCUCAACUUCAAGCCUGGCGCUUUCUUUGCCGUCUGGACGUCUUUAAUAUGCGCGCAGAUCGCCUUCUUCUUCACCUCCUCGCUCAUCGUCACGUUCAAUUCGAUCCCUCUCGCCGUCUUCGCCGCCUUCCUCUGCGCCGAGACCAAUUUCUUAGUUGGCGUCUGGGCCUCGCUGCAAUUCAAGUGGAUUCAGAUCGAGAAUCCUUCGAUUGUUCUCGCUCUCGAACGCCUCUUGUUUGCCUGCGUGCCGUUCGCUGCUUCGGCUCUUUUCGCCUGGGCUACCAUCUUCGCAGUCGGCAUGGCCAACGCCUCAUACUACCUCAUGGCAUUCAAUUGCCUUUUCUACUGGCUUUUCUCGAUUCCGCGCGUUUCCUCCUUUAAGUCCAAGCAGGAGGUAGGUUACCACGGCGGGGAGGUUCCUAAUGAGAUUCUAAUCCUCGGUUCUCUCGAGAGUUGUUUUCACACUCUGAAUCUUCUGUUCUGCCCUCUGGUGUUUCACAUUGCCUCUCACCACUCGACGAUAUUUUCUUCAGCAGCUUCAGUCUCUGAUCUGUUCCUCCUUUUCUUCAUCCCCUUUCUGCUUCAACUCUAUGCCUCGACGAGGGGGGCGCUCUGGUGGGUCACUAAGAGUGCCCUCCAGUUGCAGAGUAUCCGUGUGGUGAAUGGAGCUUUUGCCUUGGUUGUUGUUGUAAUAUGUUUAGAGGUCAGGGUUGUUUUCCAUUCGUUUGGCCGUUACAUUCAGGUGCCGCCACCACUUAAUUAUCUUCUUGUGACCAUCACAAUGCUUGGAGGGGCUGCCGCAGCAGGUGCUUAUGCCCUGGGUUUGAUUGCCGAUGCUUUCAGCUCUGUAGCUUUCACUGCUGUGGCUGUGCUAGUCAGUGCCGCAGGAGCAAUUGUUGUGGGAUUCCCUAUAUGGUUCCUUCCACUGCCAGCAGUUUCUGGGUUUUAUUUGGCUCGUUUUUUUACGAAGAAGAGCCUGCCAUCGUACUUUGCCUUUGUUGUUCUUGGGAGCCUCAUGGUCACAUGGUUUGUGCUGCAUAAUUUUUGGGACCUUAACAUUUGGACAGCUGGCAUGUCUCUGAAGUCAUUCUGCAAGCUCAUUAUUGCGAAUGUUAUCCUGGCAAUGGCUGUUCCUGGUUUAGCUCUUCUUCCAUCAAAACUUAGUUUCUUGACUGAGUUUGGUUUGAUUGGCCAUGCAUUCUUGCUCUGCCACAUUGAGAAUAGGUUUUUUAGUUAUUCAAGCAUGUACUAUUAUGGCUUUGAGGAGGAUGUGAUGUAUCCCAGCUACAUGGUUAUGAUGACAACUUUUGUUGGUUUGGCUUUGGUGAGGAGGUUAUUUGUGGAUCAUCGAAUUGGGCCAAAGUCGGUUUGGGUUUUGACUUGCCUAUAUUCUUCAAAGCUCUCGAUGCUGUUUAUCUCCUCAAAAUCAGUCGUAUGGGUGUCAGCUGUUCUUCUAUUGGCUGUUUCUCCGCCUUUGCUUCUUUACAAGGAUAAGUUGAAAAAAGUCUCAAAAAUGAAAUCUUGGCAAGGUUAUGCACAUGCUGGUGUGGUUGCUUUGUCAGUCUGGUUUUGCCGUGAAACAAUUUUUGAAGCUCUUCAAUGGUGGAACGGCCGACCUCCAUCUGAUGGUUUGCUUCUGGGCUUUUGUAUUGUUUUGACGGGACUAGCUUGUGUUCCCAUAGUUGCUCUCCACUUCUCCCAUGUGCUGUCUGCUAGAAGAUGUUUAGUGCUGGUGGUGGCAACAGGUCUGCUGUUUAUCCUAAUGCAGCCACCAAUUCCAUUAUCGUGGACCUACCGCUCUGACUUAAUCAAAGCUGCCCGUCAAUCUGCCGAUGAUAUUUCUAUCUAUGGCUUCAUGGCAUCAAAGCCUACUUGGCCAUCUUGGCUUCUUAUUGUAGCAAUCUUGCUCUCUCUCUCAGCAGUUACAUCCAUAAUUCCUAUCAAGUAUGUGGUGGAGUUGAGAGCAUUUUAUUCUAUUGCCAUAGGAAUUGCCCUGGGCAUAUACAUAUCUGCCGAGUAUUUCCUUCAGGCAGCUAUCCUGCAUAUUCUUAUUGUUGUAACCAUGGUAUGUGCUUCUGUAUUCGUUGUUUUCACUCAUUUCCCAUCUGCCUCAAGCACAAAGCUUCUACCAUGGGUUUUCGCUCUCCUCGUGGCUCUCUUUCCCGUGACUUAUCUGCUGGAGGGCCAGGUGAGAAUUAAAAGCAUUUUUGGAGACAAUAGAGUUGGGGAUUUGGCCGAAGAAGACCAUAAGAUCACCACGUUACUCGCUGUUGAGGGGGCAAGGACUUCUUUACUGGGUCUUUAUGCGGCCAUCUUCAUGCUCAUAGCACUGGAGAUCAAGUUUGAACUGGCAUCACUGAUGCGGGAGAAAGCCAUUGAAAGAGGUGGCUUUGGACAAACUCAAUCAGGUCACAGCAGCUCUGCAACUUUCCCUCCAAAAUUGAGGUUUGUGCAACAUCGUAGGGCAUCCACUGUGUCAACCUUCACUAUCAAGAAGAUUGCAGCAGAGGGAGCCUGGAUGCCUGCAGUUGGUAAUGUUGCUACGGUGAUGUGCUUUGCCAUAUGUUUGAUCCUUAAUGUGAACCUAACUGGUGGCUCAAAUCGUGCAAUAUUUUUCCUGGCGCCCAUUUUGCUCCUGCUCAACCAAGACUCAGAUUUUGUUGCUGGGUUUGGGGACAAGCAACGGUAUUUCCCUGUCACGGUAGUCAUUUCGGGAUAUUUGGUCCUGACUGCGAUAUACAGCAUAUGGGAAGAUGUGUGGCAUGGUAAUGUUGGUUGGGGCCUGGAAAUUGGCGGACCAGAUUGGUUUUUUGCAGUCAAGAAUGUGGCACUCCUCAUUUUAACAUUUCCUAGCCACAUCCUCUUCAACCGGUUUGUGUGGAGUUAUACGAAGCAGACCGACUCAACACCACUGCUCACGCUGCCCCUCAAUCUACCGCCGAUCAUAAUAACAGAUGUGAUCAAGAUUAAAAUAUUGGGACUCUUAGGGAUUAUUUAUUCACUAGCCCAGUAUCUAAUCUCUAGACAACAAUACAUCACCGGAUUGAAGUAUAUUUAGAGACAAAUAAAUACAUCAAUGUGUUUCUGUACAAUAUAUUUCGGCAAUUCUCAAGUGAGGUGUGGAAGUUCAGGUCUUUUUUGCUCACACCUCUCCUUUUUUGUUUACCUUCGUUUGGGUUUUCUAUAUUGCGUUGAGAUUUCACAUCUAAGAGUUAUUUGAGUAGGACCCCAUUACAAUUUACACACUUCAAUCAUCACUACUGAGCGUUAAGUUCGGUUUGCUUGCUAAA